AUGCGACUCAUCAACACUCUAUCUAUCGCUGCCAUUGCCGUGGCUGCCUCUAACUCUGAAUCUGGUCUCGCUUCCCGAGAGGAGGGCGUCGUUGAGAUUCAGCACUACCGGCCUCCCACUCCCAACGUUGUAACUGUCACCACAACCGUUUACGACUGCAAGCCUACCAAGGACCCCAAGGACCCCAAGGACCUCCACAACAAGGACAGGGAUCCCUCCUGCAAGGCUCUGAACGAGGGUGAGCAGGCUGAGGAAGACCACAAAUACAAGGUCAGUAUUCUCAAGCGAGCAAUUGAAGAGCUCGAGAUGCGAGAUCCUGCUCCCGUCAUAGCCCGGGCUCUUCGGCAAUAA